UGCACCAGGUUUGAAAAAUCACUCGGACCUGCUGAAGUAAAACCUUAACAAGCACCACUGCCUUUUGAAUCAAAGUCUGUAUGUUUGCAGGGAACGGGCUGAUGAGGGGCACAGGCAGAGAUGGCUGGUAGGGGACUGGGUGCCUUCAUUAUUACCUUCAUUUCAGAGAUGAGAAAGCAGUGAGGAUCAGCACCAGCCUUUGGACAACAGGCAACUCAGUGGAGAAUGUCCUAUCAAGAUGAAUAUGGCUCAUUCAAGAAUUAACUCUCUACUCAUCUUCUACCUCAGUUUUUUGCUGCUCAUCCAUUUAAAAAAGUCAAUUUGCAUGAGGAAUGAUUCCAGGUGCCUGUCAAACUCUUGCCAAAAGAACUCUACAUGUGUUGCUGGUCGUAAAGAUGAUACUUGCCAUUGUGCAGACGGGUCAGUGGACAGCAAGGAGGAACUCUGCAAUAAACCCUCUGAUCCUUGCUCUUCAAACCCUUGUCUCCAAAACGCUACCUGUUUAAGCUCUGCUGGAAACCUCAGCUUUACUUGCAAGUGCCCUGCUGGCUAUAAUGGACCUACCUGUGAAAUAGUUAUCAGCGUGUGUGACACAAACCCUUGUGAACAUGGAGGCACCUGCCAAAACGGCCUGGCUGGGCCCACCUGCCUCUGUAGUGCAGGAUACACAGGAGCACUCUGUGAAAUGGACUUUGAUGAAUGCAUUUCUGAACCAUGCCACAACGGAGCAGUGUGCAGGGAUGGGGUUGAUGAAUACUCCUGCUACUGUGUCCCAGGCUACCAAGGCAAGCACUGUGACCUGGAAGUGAAUGAAUGUGUGUCAGAUCCCUGCCUGAAUGGGGCAACAUGUCUCAACCAGAUAGGACAGUACGAUUGCAUCUGUCCAUUUGGGUACACAGGUACAAACUGUGAGCUGGAAAUAGAUGAGUGCUUUUCACAGCCGUGCCUGAAUGGUGCGACCUGCCACGACUUCCUGGGGAGCUUUGCCUGCUCCUGCGCGCCGGGCUUCCUUGGUGACCUCUGUGAAACAAACAUCGAUGAGUGCGUCAGCUGGCCAUGCCUCAAUGGGGGCCAGUGCAUGGACCAUGCCAACGGGUACAGCUGCAACUGUACCGGUACCGGAUUUAUGGGCCUACACUGUGAGACCUUAACUCCCUUAUGCUGGUCACAACCAUGCUACAAUAACGGCACUUGCGAGGACAACGCUGACAAUUACACAUGUCACUGUUGGCCAGGCUACACGGGCGCCCGCUGUGAGGAGGACAUCGGGGAGUGCGGCAGCAGCCCCUGCCGCCCCGGGGGGCACUGCGUGGAGCGCUCCUGGGCCCGCCACUACGGCAGCGUGCCUGGCCUGCCACCUGCCUUCAGCUUCGACAAGGCCGAGGGCUAUAUCUGCAGCUGUAAGCCAGGCUUUACCGGUACUCACUGUGAUGAAGACAUCAACGAAUGUUACAUGAACCCUUGCCAAAAUGGUGGAACCUGUGAGAAUUUUCCUGGGAAUUACACUUGCCAUUGCCCACCUGCAGACAAAGAAGGGAUUUAUUACGGUGGCUGGAACUGUACAGAAGUUCUGCAUGGCUGUACUGAUCAGCAAUGCCAAAACAAUGGAAUAUGUAUCCCACAUUUAAAAAAUGGCCAACAUGGAUUCAGCUGCAUAUGUUCACCUGGGUAUACUGGAACACACUGUGAAACCUUAACCACAUUUUCAUUUCAAGGAAACAGUUUCCUUUUGUUGAAGAAUCCUCCGGCCCCUAAAAAGGAAUUUUUCUAUAGUAUAAACCUGAGGUUUCAAACUGUGCAACCUACAGCUUUUUUAUUUUACCGAGGGGAGAAAAAUACAUUUGCGAAGCUGGAGUUACUGAAUGGCUACUUACACUUAUCUGUGCAAGUCAAUAACCAGCCACAGGCUCUUUUGCAUAUUUCACAUAAUGUCAGUGAUGGAGAAUGGCAUUCAGUGGAGGUAACCUUGGCAAGAGCUGUUACUCUUAAUUUGCUUGACAGCUCUUGUGUAGAAUUCUGUCUCAAUAAAACAUCUGUUAUGAUAGAGAAUGAUCACGUGAUGCUUGCAUUUCGGAGCAUGUUUUUGGGCAGCUUACCAGUGGGGAACAUUAGUGGCAGCUCUCUACUUAACAUCUAUAAUACACAUUCUGCACCUUCAUUUGUAGGCUGCCUUCAGGACAUUGAAAUAGACUUGAAUAUUAUUACUCCAGAGAAUGUGUCACCUGAAUCAUCUUUCAAUGUCAGGACAGGAUGUACUAAAAAGGACUGGUGUGAAAGCCACCCUUGCCAGAACAGGGGCCGCUGCACCAACCUGUGGCUGAGCUACCACUGCGAUUGCUACCGGCCGUACACGGGGCCAAGCUGUGCAACAGAGUAUGUUCCAGCCCGGUUUGGAUCUGAGGACUCCUCAGGCUAUGCUGCUUUUCCUGUUGAUGCCACUCAGAAUGAAAAUUUGAACAUAUCCAUGUUUGUCCGAACACGCAAAUCUUCUGGUUUGUUACUGGCUUUGAGAAACAGUACUUACCUCUAUGUAAAAGUCUACUUGGAAGGUGGGAAACUCACAAUGUUAGCUCUAAAUUCCAUUAAGUUGUUAGGGAAACACUCCAUGAAUGAUGGAAAUGUUUACUUAAUAACACUAAAAAUAGAACCAAAUAAGAUGGAAUUGUUCCAGUCCUCUCAAUACCUAGGCUUUAUUUCUACUCCAGUACUAACCAUCCAAAGGAAGGAUAUUCUUUACAUAGGGGGUCUACCAGGUAACACAGAAACUGAUAGAAAUGGCAGGUAUUUCAAAGGCUGCAUCCAAGAUGUAAGAGUGAAUAAUCAGCCACUGGAAUUCUUCCCCAUCACCAAUCCACUGAAUUCUCUUAUCAACCGAACUCUGAUCAAUGUCACCCAAGGCUGCACUGGUGACAACCUCUGCAAGUCCAACCCUUGCCACAACAGUGGUGUGUGCUAUUCUAUCUGGGAUGACUUCACUUGUACGUGUCCCCCUAACACAGCAGGGAAGGCAUGUGAGAAAGUUAAGUGGUGUGAGCUUGGGCCCUGUCCUCAUGAAGCGCAAUGCCAGCUGGUGCACCAAGGAUUUGAAUGUCUUGCUAAUGCAGUGUUUAAUGGCCGAAGCAGUGCGAUAUUUUACAGAAGCAACGGAAAAAUCAGCAGAGACCUCACCAAUAUCAUAUUUGGCUUUCGAACUAGGGACACUGACGUGAUACUGCUGUACGCGGAGAAGGAGCCAGAGUUUGUUACUAUCAGUAUUCACAACUCCAAAUUACUCUUUCAAUUGCAAAGUGGCAACAGCUUUUAUAAGCUGACCCUUGCUAGUUCACUGCCUGUGAGUGAUGGGAAAUGGCACCAAGUGAUGGUCUCUAUGGUAGAGCCCCUGUCCCAGUUCUCUAGGUGGCACAUUGAUAUAGACAACAAGAAAGACACUGCAACUAGCACAACUGCCACAGGAAGCCUCAACUUUUUAAGAGAAGAGACAGACAUCUAUGUGGCUGACAGGGCUUUUGACAGUUUGGAUGGCCUGCGAGGAUGUAUGAGCACCAUAGAAAUCAGUGGCAUUUAUCUCUCGUACUUCGAAAACGCUGACAUCCCUACUAAAAAACCUCAAGAGGAGCAAUUUCUCAAAAUAUCUGCAAACCCUGCUCUUACUGGAUGUUUGCAGGCAGAUUUCUGCAGCUCAGAUCCCUGCAUGCAUGAGGGGCUAUGUGAAGACUUCUAUACUUCCUACCAUUGCAUAUGUCCCAAAGGAUGGACUGGCACUCAUUGCGAAGUCAACAUCGAUGAAUGCUCUUCAAACCCUUGCAUUCAUGGAAACUGCACUGAUGGCAUCACCUCUUAUGAGUGCAGUUGUGAACCUGGUUACAGAGGGGUAAACUGUGAAGAGGACAUAGACAACUGCCGUGGCCACCAGUGUGCAAAUGGGGCCACUUGCGUUGACGGGAUUAAUGGAUAUUCUUGCCUGUGUGCUGCUAACUUCACUGGAAAAUUUUGCAGAUACAGAAGAUUACCAUACACAGUUUGUGGGAACGAAGAGAGAAACCUCACAUGUUUCAACUAUGGCAACUGUACUGACCUCAGCGGCGAGCUGGCAUGUGUGUGCCUGCCAGGAUUUGCUGGAGAACGGUGUGAGAAGGAUGUUGACGAGUGCAGCUCCAACCCGUGCCUGCACGGGGGCCUCUGCCAGGACCUGCUCAACAAGUACCACUGCCUCUGCGACGUGAACUAUGCUGGAGACCGCUGUGAGAUAGAUUUGACAACUGACUUGAUCUCGAACAUAUUCACCUCCGUUGGCUCAGUAAUGCUGGCCUUGUUAUUGAUCCUCUUCUUGGCAGUUGUGGUUUCAGUCAUCACUGCCAAUAAAUGGGCGACUCAAGGGACCUACAGCCCCAGCCGGCAGGAGAAGGAGGGAUCCCGGGUGGAGAUGUGGAACAUGGUGCAGCCACCACCGAUGGAAAGACUGAUUUAGAAGAAAGCACUCCAUCCUGGAAGAUGGCUGAAAGGAGACAGUGUACAUAUGUUAGAUAUAUUAAUUUCUGUUCUGAUACCAGGAAUACUUGUUAGAAAGAUUACAAUGACUUUGGGCUUUCAAUAUUUUCACUGUUUUUCUUUUAAAUUCAGCAACACUAAAAUUCUCUUAGCAUUUAAGUGAACGAAUGCCAUUCAUCAUCGCUUUGGGCCAACCUGUCCAAGGACAACUUUAUUUGCACGGCAAACUCCAGCCUUGAUAACCAGCAGUAGGCAUCACAGAGAGUAGUGACUCCUGGGAUAUAUGUAAGUGCCUGUCUCGGAUGCAACAUGAAUAACAGCUUCUCAUUUGGGCUUUCUUUUGACUGUCUAGCAACCACUGCUGCAGAAGAUGAUGCAGGCAAAUCAAAUAAGCCUGUACAAUAAAGACAUUGCAAUUCUGUUAUCAAAGGGUUUAGUACUAGAGCUGUGUCUCAGCAUAUCUACUUUCCUCUGUUAAUCAGGGAUUAAAAGCAAGCUGUGCAAAAACUCUCCAAAAUAAAUUCUUCAGACUUAACUGGUUUUCUUUCCUCCAGUUCUCGCAUUUUACCUGCUGCCCCUCCACCUUCCACUGAAAAGAAUUUCAGUUUCCACAAAAGCACGUAUUUAUCUGAGUACGAAAGAAUAUAUAUAUAUAUAUUGCCUAAGAUAUCCAGUGGGCACAAUCUGACCUCUUAGGAUACAGGGAAUCUAAACAUCCUAAACAAAUUCUGUGCAUCCACGCUACUGCUGUUUUCUUAUUACAAUAUUACCUGAUGGUCCAUUUUUGAAAACCAUUGCUUCUUACAUUGCAAACAUUUAUCAGCUGCCAAAAAGCACACUCAAAAAAGUUUCCUAAAGCUCAUGGAAAAUACCAAGAAAGAGGCAGAAGUGGCCUACAGGUAAAGCACUGGCUUGGAAAUAAUUACAACAGACUUUGUGCUUCUCCUGGAGCUCAGACUUCUCAUAUAAUCAAGGGCAAAUAAAUUUUUAUGCCUCAGUUUUCCUCUCUUAAAACAGGGAUAAUCCCAUUUAACUACCUCAUAAACCUCAGCAGAAAAAGGAUCACAACUGUUGAAAAAGAAACAAACACAUAAAAUGUAAUGGAAUAACAGGAGAAGUUUGGAAGAAAUCCUGUAAUGAAACAGACAUUUGAAAAUCUUCAAGAGAUUUAAUGAUCAUUCUUAUAGUAGUAAAGGAUGUGCCAAAAAUACACCCAGGUCAAAGGGGUUUCUUGAAAUGUAGAGGCAAAUUUUAGCAGUAACUCAUCCAGUUAAUUUUCACAUGUAGUCAAGAAAUUAAAGCAGAAACAUUGCUCCCACACAAACUGAAUGCACAAUAAAGAGGCAACCGAGUGGAGAGUCCAUGAUGGCAUUUUUCUUCCUGCAGUUCCACUUACAUGUUCCCACAGCUGUGAGACACUCCAGAUAGGUGCAUCAAACCCCAGAUGGUUCUUCCAGGAGUUGCAUAAUAGAGCACGCACACGCAGUAUCCAAGAGUUUAACUCAUCUUUUUAAUUAAUGAUCAAUUCAUAAUUCAUUUUGAAUGAACCCCUUAAGGGAUUACUGAAGAUCAGUGUCACUCAUUUAUUUUUGUAUUAGAUGAUUAGCAGUAACUAUGAUAGGAAGCACAUUUUGGAUUUUUUGCAGUCCUCACCAAUAUCUUUCAAAACAAGGCACUACAGAAAAUGUAAGUGGAUGGCAGGAUUCAAGCUGAGUUAAAAGAGCAGAAUGUAGUCACAGCGAAAAUGCACAACAGAUUUUAUUCCAGCCCAAUUUACAGCUUCAGUACUGACGCUUAUUAUUGUGAAAGCAAUCGCUGUCGUACAGCUGCAGUGUAAAUCCAGAGAAUUCAAACGGCAACUAAGGAAAUAAUGGAAAAAUAAGUUACCACGAAUAUGAUGGGAGAUAAGACAUAGCAGAGAUUCAGGGUAGAUAUUUUCAAAUCAUGUCAUUAUGUAAUACAGAAGUAAUAGGUUUUAAUUGAAACUCUUGGUUUAGCCCAGUAUUUGCCCUGUGAGACACUGCUAAGGCAUAAUAAAGAAUACCAUAAGGUUUGUUAGGUGUGAUCGUUUCUAGAAAGUUACAUAAAUAUUGGAAAAAAGAAGAAAUUGGCUCAAAGAGUGCACAGUUUGAGGUAGCAAAUGUUUAGCAAAUGAGAUAGCAAAGAACAGCACAUGAGGACGAGAGACCACAAGUGAAGCAGGAGUGAUUUGUGCAGGUUCUUGCACGCAGUGCUUUAACCUCGGCCAAAAAAGCUGUGAGACCCCCAAAAGCAAGGCCAUCGCUGCCUAGAAAGUGGCAAAGCAGGCAAGGACACAGGAAUCUGUGAUAACAAGAGGGUGGGCAAUAAAUCAAUGGAGAAGAAGAGCUGUCAGGCUGCAGGCUGGGGAGGGUUUGAGGACAGAGAACUCUUGAAAACCAGGGCGAAUCUAGAAGCACAAACUGGGCACAAGCAGGAGCAGCAGCAGCAUUGAACUAGUAAAGCAGAUGCAAAGAAGAUGCUUCCACACCUGCUUUGUGUUCUUGGAUUUCUGGUCAAUGAGCUAAAAGGAGCAAUAAAAUUGACGGAGAUCGCAAUGAAUAGCAGAGAUGGAGAAAGAAAACCAGAAAUUAGUUCAUAGCAGAAACAGCAGUAGAAUGGCUAUAAUAAGGAUCCAGCUUUGAUGUUUGCCCUUCUUUAAGCAGCAGGUUGGACUAGAUGACAUCAGCAGGUCCCUUCCAGUCUGAAUUAUUACAUGAUUCAAAGAACAAGGACAAAAGAAAGCAAGCAGCUGAAGAUAGAGGCAGUUUGCAUGCAGAACUAGAAGGAAAGCAUUAUUGUUAAUGGUGAGAGACAGAGCAAGCCAGUGCCUGGAAAGGAAUUCUGCUCUCAGUGGUUUGACCUGGAUGAAACUGGGGGGGCAGUAGAAGACCGGUCUCUACAGAGGUAAUAAAAUAUCCGAGAAAGUGUUGCCACACAGAGAAUCUAUAGGGCUGAGCAAGAUACCCAGGACCAUGUGCAGGGGAAGGAGAGGCAGAGCAGAUGAAAGCCUGUAAAUUUUCAUGCAGACCAAAGACAGCUCUGGAAGAAUAUGCACCUAAAGAAUUAAAAAGACACCCAUAAAAGCACAACAAAGGGAAGAUCUCACAGUGGGGUAUGAGUGUGGCUUGUGGAAGGUAAGUCAAGGAGACAGAAGGCAGGGGAAAAACCUUUAAACUAGGAUUAAACUGUGAUUGCUGUCAGUCUCAGUGGAGAGGAAAGGAUAAAAAUAAGAGAAAUGUGAAAUGGCAGAAAUUCGUGCAGAAGUGAGAGAAGAAAAGGAAAUGAAAGUGGAUGGCACUUGAGGAAGGUGGAGGCAAAAGCUGGACUGCAGCAAGGGGAAGUUGGGCUUUCAGAGCAGCGAGGCCAUAGGAAAAGGAGGGAGGAGGAUGGUGAGUCAGGAGUGAGAAUUACCUACCAAAGCAGAUCUGUGUAAGAUGAGUUAGAGGGAGCACGUUUUGUUGCAAGUAGGGAGAAAAUGUGGACUAUUCAAAACUCU